AUGGAGUUCGGAGAACUCGCUAGGAUUAUUCAAGAAGGAAUUACGACGGGCCUACUUCAGGGCAAUAAAGGGACGACAAGAUUCAGUCCCAAUACUCCAUUUACUCCCGAGAUAUUAACAUUCCCCUUGCCGGACAGAUUUAAGUAUCCUAGGAUCAAAGAGUAUGAUGGGACCACCGAUCCAAUCAAUCAUCUGAACAUAUACACGGACGUCAUGAAUUUACAGGUUGCACCAGAUCAGCUGAUGUGCAAGGCCUUCCCGCAAACCUUGAUGAAUGCCGCUAGGGAUUGUGCUUCUCGUGGAUACUCUUCACCAGCGAAAGGUGGUAGAAUCAGGUGCUUAGAGAGGGAGAGAGAAGCUCUUCUCAAGUUCAAAGAGGAGCUUGUUGAUGAAUAUGGCCUACUCUCUUCUUGGGGAACCCAUGAAGAUAAGAAGGAUUGUUGCACAUGGAAAGGUGUCUAUUGUCAAAACCACACUAAUCAUGUUAUUGAAUUGGAUCUUCUUGGUCCAUCAGACUACUAUGGAUAUUCUACUGCCCCUCUAAGAGGUAACAUCAGCCCAUGGUUGCUUGAAAUACGCCAUUUGAAUUAUUUAGACCUCAGUUAUAAUGAUUUCAAUGGUAGCCGAAUUCCAAAAUUCAUUGGCACCCUAAGCAGAUUACAAUACCUUGAUCUGUCCUUUUCUAAUUUAAGAGGUCACAUUCCACAUCACCUUGGCAACCUUUCGGAAUUGCAACGUCUUAGUGUCAGCGGUAAUUCCAUGUUAACAAGCCCAAAUCUUAAUUGGCUUUCUCCACUUCAUUCAUUGAGAUACCUUGACCUGAGUUAUGUUAACCUCACGUUUGCAACUGAUUGGUUACCAAUAAUCAGUAAACUAACUCGUCUCCAAGUGUUAUACCUGUCAUACUGUCACUUACCUCCGCUUGUUGAUCCAUUACCUUCAAUGGCCAAUGCUUCUAAUAUUCUUUCUGUUCUUCAUCUUGUCGGAAAUAAUCUCUCCUCUUCUUCGGUAUUCCCUUGGUUGUUUAACUUCAGCAGUAGUCUUAAUUACCUUCACAUCACCUGCAACAAUUUACAAGGUCCUAUUCCUAAUGCUAUUGGGAACAUAGCAUUACUUGAGGAACUGUAUCUAGAUGAAAAUCAACUUGAGGGUGGGAUUCCCUCAUCCUUUGGGAAUCUGAGUAGUUUAAUGUAUUUAAGUCUAUCUGAUAACCAACUUACAGGGACAAUAUCUGGUCUUUUAUCCUCUUCCUCGUUGAUAUACAUAGAUGUUAGCAACAAUAUUUUUAAUGGGACUCUGACAGAAAGAAUUGGAAGCCUCUCUGAGCUUGAGUAUUUGGAUCUUGGAACAAAUCGUUUUGAAGGUGUAAUCACAGAAGCCCAUUUCUUUGGAUCAGUACUGGACUUUUCAAAUAACAAAUUCCGGGGCUCAAUUACUGAUUUAUGCAGUAAAGCUAGUUCUUGGGAAUAUCUUGAUCUCUCCAAUAAUCUUUUGUCGGGGCAACUUCCAGAUUGUUUUGCAAAUCAGAUGAGCUUAAAAUUUCUUAAUUUGGCACAUAAUAAUUUUUCAGGUAAGAUUCCUUUGCCAAAUAACAUUUCUUCUUUACGUUUACAAAAUAACAGUUUUACCGGAGAAAUCCCAGCAUCACUGAGGAAUUGUACAUCUUUACAUUUUCUUGAUCUUUCGGAAAAUAAGUUGACUGGUGAAAUACCUACAUGGGUGGGAGAUCGUUUGUCAAAAUUGGUCCUUCUAAAUCUGCGUUCCAAUCGGUUCUUUGGUACCGUUCCUUUAAACUUGUGUUGUUUACCUCGUUUACAAGUCCUAGACAUCUCUUUGAACAAGAUUUCUGGUGCCAUACCGAAAUGCUUAAGCAACCUCAGUGCUAUGGUUCGGCAAGUGGAGUUUGAGUUGUAUACAUAUAUUCAAUCAUCGCAAUUUGUCCAAUUUGAGGAUGCAGAAGUGACAUGGAAAGGAAAGGAAAACGAGUACAUAAAGAGUCUUCAACUGGUAAAACUCAUUGAUCUUUCAAGCAAUAAUUUAGUUGGUGAAAUUCCUCCUGAAAUUACAAGUCUCGUGGGUCUGGUUGGUUUGAAUCUUUCAAGAAACAACCUAAGCAGACUCCUUCCUGUGAAGCUUGGACAGUUAAGGUCUUUGAAUUUUCUAGAUUUGUCAAGAAACCAUAUUUCUGGUGGUAUUCCUGUCGGCCUUUCUCAAUUGGAUGCGCUCGGAGUGUUGGAUUUGUCAUAUAACAAUUUGUCGGGCAAAAUUCCAUUCAUUGCUCAUUUACAAACUUUUGAAGCAUCAGCAUAUGUGGGAAAUUCAGGACUUUGUGGACCUCCACUUGCAAAACCAUGUCCAGGAGAUGAAAGCCCUCUAGACCCAAAGUUCAACGAAAACAAAAAAGGGAUAGAAAGUCCAGAAGAAGAGGACGAACUCAUAUCUCUAGGAUUUUACAUUGCUAUGACACUUGGAUUCAUUGUUGGAUUUUGGGGAGUAUUUGGGACUUUACAGCUCAACAAGUCGUGGAAGUCUGCAUUUUUCGGAUCAAUGGAGUGGUUGUACGUAUGGAUACUCAUCAAUAAAAAUCGUCUGCAAAAUUAUUUUGCAUUUUUGUAA